AUGGCUGACAAUGAAUCUGUUAUUAUCACUGUUGUUUAUGGGGCAUCUGAGGUGAUUGAUCGUCGGAAUUUAUGGACGGCACUGGAGACGCUAUCUCAGCAAUGCUCUGACAUCCCGUGGAUGGUGGGAGGGGAUUUUAAUGCAGUACGUGACCUUAACGAAGUAUGUGGCAUCUCAGGAGAUAUAAGGAUGGCCACCGAAGAAUUUAAUGCUGGUAUUCUGGAGGCGGGGCUGAUCCCACUUCCUAUGCAAGGUGAAUGGUUCACGUGGCAUAAUUGCAGUACGUCUAUGAGGAGUUUAUGGAAGCGGCUGGAUCGGAUUCUUAUUAAUGACCGCUGGCUGGCAAGGUUCCCGAGCGCAUAUUAUCACAGCCUUACUCCACGGACAUCUGACCACUCUCCACUGGUCUUACAUGGGGAUAUACAACAACAUAAUGGAGGCAUGUUUCGAUUUGAUAACUAUCUGGCCCAUUCACCCGAGUUUAUCCACAAUGUGCAGAAUAUUUGGCAUCAUGAGAUUGUGGGUAUUCCUAUGUAUGCUGUGACACGUAAACUGAAGGCACUUAAACCAGUCUUUAGACUACAAAGGAGAAAUAAGGGAGAUCUGACGAUGAAUGUCCAACUAGCCAAAGGUUUUCUUGAUGAGGCACAACAGUUGAGACGAGUAAGGAGGAGAAUCUUACAGAUUAAUGAUGAGAAUGGUUUCACACACACGGAUCUAGGGGAAAUCGCCCAUGAGUUUGUCUCAUACUAUCAGAACCUCUUAGGAGGCACUAGAAGACGGCUGUCAGUGGAUAUUCGUUAUCUUAGACCGUGGGCAAGGCACUGUAUCACUGAUGAGGAAGCUAAUCAAUUACUCCUUCCACUCUCGGGGGAUGAUGUGAAGCAAGGAGUGUUCGAUAUUGCUGAUGACAAGGCACCGGGACCUGAUGGUUACUCGUCAAGGUUUUUCAAGGCGGCUUGGCUUGUGGUUGGGGAAGAAGUUACGAGGGCGGUACUAGAUUUCUUUUCUAACGGAAAACUUCUGAAGCAGAUCAACUCCACGAUCUUGGCCCUGAUCCCAAAGAGAGAACUGGUGUGCACCAGAGCUGGAGCAAUUCAUGGAAAGCAUCCUUGCUUGAUUAAAGAACGGAAAGUCUCAUAUCCUGGGGCCUGCCCCUGUGAUGUAGAAUCCUUUGCUCUUUCACGCAUUGAUCUUGAUUCGGUGAACAUUCUCUUUCUAGAGACAACUGGUGUGCACCAGAGCUGGAGCAAUUCAUGGAAAGCAUCCUUGCUUGAUUAA